AUCAAAAUUUAGGUGAAGUAUUUAAUUCUUUAUUAAAACAAUAAUUUCUUUAUUUACUUUAGUUAUUUACUAUAGUUCUAUAGUUAUUUAUUUUUUUAAGUCGAGAACUAGUUCAUGUUCCUGAGCACCUGGCAAUCAGCUGGUGUUUUGUUUUUGUUUUGGCCUUCUUGUUUUUGUUUACCUUUUUGUUGGCCACUAGGAACACCGGCUUUGAGGUCCUUUUAAGGAUUUCAUUUAAUUAAAGUACUUUAAUUUAAAUUCGACUAAAUACACUGCCUUGGAAUGUCAACCAGCGACCUCGCACCUCAUAACCAGGUGACUGUGCUCCAAGACGGCUACUCCUAUGAGGAUUCUGGAAACGAGUCGCAUAUGAGGGCCAACUGCACCUCCACCCUGAUACGCUGUCGGGAUGGCACUAACGUCAUUGUGGACACAAUGACGGCAUGGGAUGGAGAGCACCUUAAAACACUUCUGCAAGGACAAGGCCUGGAACCUAAAGACAUUCACGUGGUGGUCUGUACCCACGGACACUCUGACCAUAUAGGAUGCAACUACCUGUUUCAGACGGCGCGAAUGCAUUUAGUUGGCGCUUGCGCCUCGAAUCGCGAUCUUUACUUGGAUCACUUUGGCAGCGGCGAUGAAGCAGAGGAGCUCGCUCUGGACUCAAAUAAGGAGGUACUAGUCAGGAGGACGCCAGGGCACACUCUCAGUUGCGUUUCGGUUAUUGUCACCAACUCUCAGCUUGGUGGAACCGUCGGCAUAACCGGAGAUCUCUUCGAGCGUCAGGAGGACAUAGACGACGAUAGUAUUUGGAGGAAUGCCGGCAGUGAGGAUGCAAAGCGGCAGGUGGAGGAGCGUAGUAAAAUGGCAGAAGUUUGUGACUUUAUUGUGCCAGGACAUGGUCCCAUGUUUCCUGUUAAUGCGACAGUCCGUUCAAAGCUUAAGAUUCAAAUUAAAUAAGAAGUUAUAUAUUAAAAAUAUACACCAAUUAAAUAAU